AUGACAGUAGAAUUAUUGAGUAAGAAAAGCCAAUAUAUUCAUACUAGAGUCAAGUAUCAUAAAGGGAGUGCAUGGCUUUUUUCUGCAGUGUAUGCAAGCCCUAAUGAAGACCUCAAAAAAUCUCUUUGGGAUGAUAUGAAAGUUAUCGCAGAUAGUAAAAAUCUUUCGUGGCUUGUUGCGGGUGAUCUCAAUGAUAUUGCAAAAGUAGAGGAUAAAAAAGGUGGGGCACCGGUUUCACUCAGGAAAUUAAAUCUUUUCAACGAUAGGGUUGAAGCUUGUAAUCUUAUGGAGCUAGGUUCUUAUGGUCCAAAGUAUACGUGGAGAGGGCCUAUUUUUCAUGGGGGUCAACGCAUAUACGAGAAGUUGGAUAGAGCUCUGUGUAGUGAUGCUUGGAGGCUGGAGUUUCCUGAUGCGAAUUUCAAAGUGCUGGCUAGGGUGGAUUAUUCAGAUCAUCAUCCGAUUCUGAUCAUUCCUUUCAGUGUUUAUCAGCAUAAAGUGAAGAGGCAGUUCAAGUUUGAAAAUGCUUGGAACCUGGUGGACUCUUACCAAGAUAUGAUUAAUAAGGUGUGGAGGGAAGAUAAAGCUUUUGAGGAGUGUUUGAAGGAUACCAGAGACAAUCUGGAAAAUUGGAAAGAGCAUUCCUUUGAUAAUGUUAAAUUGCGCAAGAAGGAAAUAAUGGCUAGGUUAAAAGGUGUUCAUUGUAGACUCCAACGAAGGGAUAAUGUGAAGGCUUUGCGAAAGCUGGAGGUAAAACUUCAAGAGGAGCUUAGAGAUAUCCUUGCGAAAGAGGAGUUGAUGUGGUUUCAGCGGUCUCGUACAAGGUGGUUGGCAGACGGGGACAGAAAUACAAAGUAUUAUCAUAUGAAAAAGGUUAAUUGGAGGAGAAAGAAUAAGAUUUCUAUGUUAAAGGAUGAUCAAGGCAACUGGGUUGAGGACGAAUCUGACCUUAAGGAGCUUGUUAAUAAUUUUUAUAAGAGUUUGUUUGAGAUAAACUACUGCUGGAAGGAUUGGUUACUGAUCCGCUGUCGCGCGCGGAUAAAAAACGAGUUGUUUGAAUAA